GUGGGAUUCCGUAAAAAAAUAUUAAUAAAUAAGGUGGGGAAAGGUUCAGAUUACAUAUAGUCCAUCUCUACCGUAACAUUUUAAAGGUACAGACACGCACACGGGUGUGUGUGUGUGCAACUAAAAAUAUUAUUAUUCUUGAAAACAAAAACAGUUGGACUUUAAGUGUAAUGUUUACACCAUCCUCUUUUCCUUCUCUCAUUGACCUAUUUCAUUUCAAUCAUGGCUUUCCUUCCACUUAACAUGAUGGUAGCUUUUAUCAGUCUAAUAAUGCUAGCUGGUAAUCUGAUGUCGGAGACAUUUCCAACAGACUGCAAUGUGCCGCCCAGUGUUUGGUGUUCUUCGCAAGAGAUAGCGAACAAAUGUAAAGUAUUGAAUCAAUGUGCUGUGUGGAAAUCUCGUAAUCAAUUCAUUAAUUUUACUCUCUAUUAUGAAACCCUCUGUCCUGAUUGCCAAAACUUCAUCAUUAAACAGUUGUUUCCUACUUUUAUAAAACUUAAAUCAAUUAUGAACCUUGGCUUAGUACCAUAUGGAAAUGCUUAUGAGCAGAAGGAUGGUAAAAGUUGGAAAUUCACUUGUCAGCAUGGUGCCGAGGAAUGCUCAGUGAAUAUUUUAGAGACCUGUGCAAUACACAUUUUAGAAGAUCCUAACAUUUAUGUGAAGUUUAUUUAUGAUCUGGAAACAUGUAUGUUUAAAAUUCAAAAACCAGAAAAAUGUGUACAAAUGGUUAUGAAACACAUAAAUAAAAGAGAUGACCUGAUUGCAUGUGCUAAUGGAACGACUGGAAUCUAUUUAGAACAUCAAAUGGCAUUGAAAACUAAUGCUUUGCCUCUUCCACCCAUGUAUGUUCCUUGGGUCACUCUUAAUGGUGUUCAUUCAGAACUUAUACAAAAAAGAGCUGAAAAUAAUUUGACAGAUUUGAUCUGUGAAACAUACCAAGGCAAGGAUAAGGAAAAGUACUGCCCUGGUAGAGUUAUCAGCUGAAAGUAAAAUAAAAAGAAAAUAAUAAUUUAUAUUUUUUGUCUUCUGUAAACCAAAUUUAGUUUUUAAAAAAUUGUUAUCAAUAAAAAAAAAAUAUCAAUUGGAACAAAAAGAAAAAAAUUGUUGACUAAACAAAUUCUUCAAGGCAGUGCUCCAGCAUAGCCAUACUCUAAUGACUGAAACAAGUGAAAAAUAAAAGAUAAAAGAUUGGAAAAUCAUAGAAUUAAAA